AUGGAAAUGGGUCAAGGAUUGCACACGAAAAUCUUGCAGAUUGCCGCCCGAGUUCUUGACAUCCCCAUCGAGAUGGUGCAUAUUCACGAAACGGCGACUGAUAAGGUUCCUAAUGCUUCGCCUACGGCCGCAUCAGUCGGAAGUGACAUGAAUGGUCUCGCCGUCCAGGACGCCUGCAAUAAAAUUCUCAAACGUUUGGAACCGUUCAAGAAGGCCAAUCCCAAGGGGACAUGGGACGCCUGCAAUAAAAUUCUCAAACGUUUGGAACCGUUCAAGAAGGCCAAUCCCAAGGGGACAUGGGUUGAUUGGGUCCGACAAGCCUACGUGGCGCGGGUCUCCUUAUCAGCUACUGGAUUUGGAAUAAUUCACAGUGAAGCUGUUGAUUUCUUUAAUGGCAAAGGAGCCGAAAUGUUUGGUUAUUGUGUUUAUGGAAGUGCAUGUUGUGAAGUCGAAGUGGACUGUCUGACCGGCGAUCAUCACCUGCUACGGACUGAUAUUGUAAUGGACGUAGGGGACUCGUUGAAUCCAGCAAUAGACAUCGGUCAAAUAGAGGGAGCAUUCGUACAGGGGUAUGGUCUCUUCACCAUGGAGGAGAUCAAAGUGCGACCUGACGGUGUGCGGCUCACCCGAGGACCAGGCGUAUACAAAAUCCCAUCGGCAGACGAUGCCCCACGGCAUUUCAACGUCCGACUAUUGAAAGGAUCCAGCAACCGAAUGGGAAUAUUUUCUUCUAAGGCCAUUGGCGAACCACCGCUUUUCCUUGGUGCCUGUGCUUUCUUCGCCAUUCGAGAAGCUGUGCGAUCAUUCCGACUGGAACACGGCCUCAAAGGAUACUUCCGAUUCGACUCACCUGCAACUCCAGAACAAAUACGACUUGCGUGUGAGGACGAGAUCCUGAGCAAGGUACCGAAGUUACCAGCGAAAGGCACCUACACACCAUGGACUGUUACCCUAUAA